AUGGCAACCACCACUUUACCAAUAGACAAAAUGGCAGCCGCAGUCUUUUUGCACCCAAAACAGUGCCCCAGAGGCCCCAAAUGGCAAAAAGAACUGCCCCCCGGCUACCCUCACUCCAAGCCAGCUCCAGAGAUACCAAAGUGCGAGACAAGCCUCCCCGUGGCUACCACACUCCCUGGGGAUUGCUUGUGGUAUCCUGCUAGGUAUAUCCUGAAUCACAAGCUACUUCAUUCCCUAAAGCACCUCAAUAAAGCAAGGGAAGACCAACUGAACAGAUCCUUUAGCCCUGCUGACAGCGAUAGCACCAACAAGUUCAAACUCAAGCAGAAAGUGACCCAACAAUGUCUUUUUAUGCUUUCUCCCACCUGUUCCCCUCUAUUGCAGCAACUGGCACUGGCUAUGGAUUAUCUUCUGUUUACCCAGGUGGAGGUGUACCUGGCUAUGGAGGUAAACCUCCCAAGCCCUAUGGAGUCCUGGGGGCACUUGGCUACAAAAGAGGAGUCGGCCGGAAGAGGAAGUAGCCCAGACCGACAGCCUACCAUUCACCUCAUGAACUUUGGUGCUACUGCCUGGUCUCGAAUGUACCCCCACCCCACCCCUGAGAAAAGCAGAGAUUCCACCACCGCCGCUGCCAACACAGCCCCAUGCCUUGCCACCCCCCGGCUGGCCCCCCUCCCUCUCACUGGUGCUACAACCAUCCCACAGGGGGCGUCCCUGCCUUCAGCUCCCUGGGGCCCUUUGGUGCUGCAGCCUAGGAGGGCUGCUUUCAGAGGGGGCGGCCUGAGCACUUUAACCCACUCCUGAGCCCCGCGCCCACAAGUGGGGGGACGGGAGCCGUCGGCCAGGUGGCCCUGCUUCUUCCCUGGCUCUCUCUGCUGGCUCCUCUUUGGAUCUAAGUGUGUGGGGGGGGACACCCCUCGUUUUGCCGUGAGCCCCAUGCCAGGCCAUUCUUCCCUUCCCCCUGAACACACUGCCUCCGUUUGGAGGGGAGCAGCUCAGGCCAAGCUGUCAGUGCCAAUGGGAUUAGCCUUAAUCCUGGAGCUUCUGCUGGCUGCCAGGCUCGGGUGGAUUAGCACGGCCAGGCCACAGCAUCCGUACCAUAGCUAACGUGGACGUCGUCAUGACAUCGUCCAGCUCCCAAUGAACGGGCUGGCCAGGGACCUCUGUACAUGACCAGCCAACCUGCUCCACAUCUUCAUGUUUAAUCACUUCGAUGUAACUGGGAUGGGACACUUUUUAUAAAGAAGAAACAGUAACUGCUUUCCCCAAAAAAUAAAAUAAAUAAAACCUGACUAAUAAAUAAU